AUGACUCUCCUCAAUAUUAUUUUCAUCGUAUGUGCUGCAACGACCGUUACAUUCGCUGCUCGCACUCCAUCUGAGCCAAAUGCAAUUACGUGUAUGAUUUAUUGUCCAUAUGGUUUCCGUCGUAAUGCCGAUGGACAAUCCAUGUGUGCGUGUAAGAAAAGUCCCUGUGAUGGAGAAGAAGCUCCACUCGACGGCUACUUUUGUGGGCGUGGCUUUAAUCGUCGUGAAUGCCCAUCAACGCAUCAAUGUAAGGUAGCACCAAACGAUGCUUACGCUGUCUGCUGUCCUCGUGCUCAACAAACAUCUAAACUUAGUAUAUCACCAAUUAAAAUGGGUUCUUGCCCAGUCCCGCCAUCAGGUAUGAUGGGAAUUUGCAUUGCUCGAUGUACCGAUGAUAAUGAUUGCCCUGGUGCUCAAAAAUGCUGUGGUGGAUGUCCACGUCAAUGCACCAAACCCGUCCUGGCAUAA